UCCAUUCAGCCAGCGUCACGUGACGCGACUAGCUCUGCAGUGUGAGCUUAGCUUUCUGCUGCUCGGUAGCAAACCUCUCUGACGCUAUCUGACCCUCGUGUCUGCUAUUUUAAUCUCAGAUAUUUCACAAAAGCAGCUUGAAUCUACAACAAACUACGUUGUACAAGCCCAGUCUACGAGCUAUACAUUAGGGGGCCGCGCUUUUGGGCAUAUUUGGACUUUUCUUCGUGCUAGCUAGCUACGGUUAGCGCGUUAGCCAACAUUAACAACAACAUGAACAUUGACAACGUUAAUCAGUCUGUCACAACCGGAGUGCCAUCCACGACCUCUUCAACUUCAAGUAACUGCAUCGCAAAUGAUAAUGCAACGACCAGCGUCAGCAGCAUCCCUUCGGUCACGAGUAAUGCUUCCACAUCAGCGGCCAUGGUGACACCAUCCACAGACACAUCGGUCUCCAAUGGCGUCUAUCUGCCCGGUGGCAUCACCAAUGGAGAUGUAAAACCUGUCAUGUCCACCACACCCCUGGCAGAUUUCCUCAUGCAGCUGGAAGAGUACACUCCCACAAUUCCUGAUGCAGUUACAGGGUACUACCUCAACCGAGCUGGCUUUGAGGCCUCUGAUCCGAGAAUAAUCCGACUGAUCUCCCUUGCCUCUCAGAAGUUUAUCUCAGACAUUGCCAAUGAUGCACUGCAAUAUUGUAAAAUGAAGGGAACUGCCUCAGGAAGCUCAAGGAAUAAGACAAAGGAUAAGAAGUACACUCUGACCAUGGAAGACCUGAGUCCUGCCCUCUCAGAAUAUGGCGUCAAUGUCAAGAAGCCAUAUUACUUCACAUAGACCUGUGUUUUCUUUGAGGCUUUUUUUUGCUUUUGCUAGGUUUAUCGCCCUGCUGACCCAUUAGCCCAUUAACAGCAAAAAAUCAUUGUUGUUCGAUGUCUUUUUUUUGAUCAUCGUGCUUUAGUACAGCUUUGACAAAUCUUUGUAGUCACAUUGCCAUUUGUUAUUUUUUGUGAAGCCACCUUUACAUUAUGUUAAAUUGUAACAUUACAUUUUAUUGUGGAAAUAAAACCCUUAACAAAAA